GGCUUCUAAUCUUUGGCCGGGUUUCGGCGGGUCUGAGCUCCGGGAGGAGGCGGUGACGGCCCGGGAGCUGGUGGCAUUGGCAGCGGUGGCAGGCGGCAGUGAGGAGUCCGAGGUUAUGCGUCUCAAUGAUCCCGCGGAAACGCUACGGCUCUAAGAACACGGACCAGGGCGUCUACCUGGGGCUCUCAAAGACACAGAUCCUGGGCCCUGCAACUGCUGGCGGUAGCAGCAGCGACAUCGCCCCUCUGCCCCCCCCAGUGGCCCUGGUCCCACCCCCUCCCGACAUCAUGUCCUGCCGGGAUCGGACCCAGGAGUUCCUGUCUGCCUGCAAGUCCCUGCAGAGCCGUCAGAAUGGAAUUCAGACAAACAAGCCCGCCCUGCGAGCUGCCCGGCAGCGCAGUGAAUUCACCCUCAUGGCGAAGCGCAUUGGGAAAGACCUCAGCAACACAUUCGCCAAGCUGGAGAAGCUGACCAUCUUGGCAAAACGCAAGUCCCUCUUUGAUGAUAAAGGAGUGGAGAUUGAGGAACUAACGUAUAUCAUCAAACAGGACAUCAAUAGCCUCAACAAACAGAUCGCCCAGCUUCAAGAUUUUGUGAGGGCCAAGGGCAGCCAGAGUGGCCGGCACUUGCAGACCCAUUCUAACACCAUCGUGGUCUCCUUGCAGUCCAAGCUGGCCUCCAUGUCCAACAACUUCAAGUCGGUUUUGGAAGUGAGGACAGAGAAUCUGAAACAGCAGAAGAACCGGCGGGAGCAGUUCUCUCAGGCCCCCGUGUCAACCCUGCCGCUUGCCCGAAACCACCUGGGGGGUGGUCCUGUGGUUUUGGGAGCGGCGGAGCCCAGUGCCUCUGGGGACGUGGCCAUCGACAUGACGGCCUCUCGGACCAGCCAGCAGCUGCAGCUCAUUGAUGAGCAGGAUUCCUACAUCCAGAGCCGAGCAGACACCAUGCAGAACAUUGAGUCGACAAUUGUUGAGCUGGGCUCCAUCUUCCAGCAGCUGGCGCACAUGGUUAAGGAACAGGAGGAAACCAUUCAGAGGAUCGACGAGAACGUGCUGGGAGCCCAGCUGGACGUGGAGGCUGCCCAUUCAGAGAUCCUCAAGUACUUCCAGUCUGUCACCUCCAACCGGUGGCUCAUGGUCAAAAUCUUUCUCAUCCUCAUUGUCUUCUUCAUCAUCUUUGUGGUCUUCCUUGCCUGAACCCUGUCAGCUCUGAGGCACUCCACCGGGGGCUUCUGGGAAGGCAGGUGGCCUGUGCUGUCACUGAGCCCUGGGCAAGGUGUGGGGAGAAAGGCCCUGUUUCCUGGAACUGCUGAGAAUGGCCACUGCCCCUCGGUCCCCUGGCCCCUGGCUUGCCUCUGGCCACCCUGCCCUCCCUUACCACCUUCGGCCCAUGAAACGUACACGGUUCUGGAUUUGGACUCUGCCAUGAAGUGGCGAGAAGGGAGCAGAGGCCAACCAGGGGCAGUGGGAGAGGCCGCCUCCACCUGGAGUUUUUAUAAACCCUUCCAGCUUCCCCCAAGGAACUUCGGCAGCGAGGGAAACGAUGCCUUCCUGAGCGGGAGGUCAGGAACGAAAACUGCCCCCACCCCACCACCCCUCCAUCUUUCUUCUUCCUCUCUCCACGUGGGAGGCAGGGCUGAGCCCUGCUGCUGCCGGCACAGCCCCCCUCCCCCAGCCCCCACUGGCUGCUGGUGACUCUCAACCUGCCAAAUGCGCUGCAGCCCAUUUCCCCCCAAUUACAGCAAGACUCAGCCUCA